GUUCGCGCCGCUGAAGGGACGCGAAGCAAGCAGCGCCGCGCCGAGGCGGGGGCGGGGGGCCCCGAGUCGCUGCCCCCGCCGCAGCCCCGCCGGGGAGUUUCUUCCACAUCCCCCCUCAAACACACACCGAGACCGCCCCCCCACCCCCGUCCCUUGGGGGCGGCCCCGCGGAGCGCCGCUCCCUCCUCCUCCUCCCCCUUUAUUACCCUUUGUGUGCGUCUCCGCCUUCCUCCCCGCGCCCGGGGGCCCUGAGAUCCUUGCUGACGAUGGUGGUCGCUGGAGGCAGCACUGUUGAAGAUUAUAUCAUUUACAGACAAGAUCUCUGAAAUCUGUUUCCUUCAGACAGCAAAGGAAGAAGAGGCUUUAUCGCAACAAAACGGGCAAAAAAAACACAAACACUUGAAGAAACAGCACUUCUCUAAUUCUUCCCAAAAAGCUCCCAGAACCACCAAAUCCUAAAGGAUUACACCCAGCAGUCUUCCUGAUUCCAGCAGAUGUAAGUGGGGUGCAGGAAUUCCUCACAUGAGGGGUGGAGGGAGGCAAGGAGCCGGCCCCAAUGGACAUAGCCCAUCAUCGAGAGCACCACAGGAGACUGUCUAGAGCAAAGCUCAAAGUGCAGCAGCAAUUCUAAAAAAGCCUAAAAGAUCCCCAAGAUAACUUGAAGCAAGACCAUGAGAAGCAAUGUAGCUUGGAGUGAACAAGAUGAACAGUCCCACCUUCAAUCUAAUGCUUAAUGAGGAAAAAGGCUGUUUGAUUGGAGCCAAGGAGUCAGCAAAGAACCUCAGGAAGACAACCUGGAUCAUGACCAGAAGAUAAAAAGAAAACAAAAAAAGAAUGUGGCAUAUAAAGGGUGUAAUACCUGGAGGUAUUGGAUCUGACUCAUGUUUAUAAAAAUGAGACGAGCUUUCACAAAACACAAGUUAUCUUAGACAGUCAUCAAGCUUGGAGCCAUCAUGCUGUUGAACUAGAAAUUCUCCUUUUCCCCAUUCUCCUUUCUGACAGGUAACAAAGGAUUGGUGAAUUAUGAUUUUCCCAAGUUGGAAGCACUAAUUUUUAUCUAUAUAGUUCAUCCUUAUGAAUAUAUAAGGAGUUAAACAUUGCAUAUUUAAUGUGGAUUAUAAUGGGAAAGUGACUCAUUAACCAAAAUGGCCACUUUUAAGGACUUGGUUUCAAACUGAGCUGGAGCCUCCCGAUGCACUUUGUAGGAUUUGGGGAAAGCUGUGCUGCAGGGCCUGCUUUGGGAGGCCAGGAUGACAUGUAGUAAAAGGAUAUCACCUUGCUGUUGAUAUCUCUGAAGACUCAUAACCAGAAACAGGAAAAUGAAUGGUGGGAAGGAGUGUGACGGAGGGGACACGGAUGGAGGGCCACCAGCAGUGCAAGUUCCCGUUGGUUGGCAGCGGAGGGUGGACCAAAGUGGAGUUCUCUACAUCAGUCCCAGUGGGUCUUUAUUAUCCUGCUUGGAGCAGGUGAAGUCUUACUUGCUGACUGAUGGAACGUGCAAGUGUGGCCUAGAAUGUCCUCUUGUUCUUCCCAAGGUCUUUAAUUUUGAUCCUGGAGCUGCUGUGAAGCAGAGAACUGCUGAAGAUGUUAAAGCGGACGAAGAUGUCACCAAACUAUGCAUUCACAAAAGGAAAAUUAUUGCUGUGGCUACACUUCAUAAAAGCAUGGAAGCACCACAUCCUUCACUGGUUCUAACUAGUCCUGGUGGUGGAACAAGUGCAACGCCGGUAGUUCCCACUCGAGCAGCAACUCCAAGGUCGAUGAGGAAUAAAUCACAUGAAGGAAUUACAAAUUCUGUGAUGCCGGAAUGUAAGACUCCUUUCAAGUUGAUGAUGGGGGCAUCUAAUGCCAUGGGUAGGCUUUAUGUGCAAGAAAUGGCUGGAAGCCAGCAAGCAGAGCUCCAUCCUGCCUAUCCCAGGCAGAGAUUGGGGAGCAAUGAACUGGGGCAGAAGUCUCCGUACCGCGGCAGUCACGGGGGGAUGCCCAGCCCGGCGUCCUCGGGAUCGCAGAUCUACGGGGACGGCUCCAUCUCCCCCAGGACUGACCCGCUCGGAAGCCCCGACGUCUUCACGAGGAACAAUCCCAGUUUUCACGGAGCGCCCAACUCCAGUCCUAUCCACAUGACCAGGACGCCUCUGUCCCCGCCGUCAGUCAUGCUCCACGGCUCUCCCAUACAGUCAUCCUGUGCAAUGGCUGGAAGGACUAAUAUACCUCUUUCCCCCACCCUGACCACCAAGAGCCCAGUCAUGAAAAAACCCGUGUGUAACUUUUCGGCUGGUAUGGAAAUACCACGAGCAAUGUUCCACCAUAAACCCCCCCAAGGCCCACCCCCACCUCCUCCUCCGCCUUCUUGUGCUCUUCAGAAAAAGCCAUUAACAUCCGAGAAGGAUCCGCUUGGCAUACUGGACCCAAUUCCCAGCAAACCGGUGAACCAGAACCCCGUGAUCAUGAACCCCACCACUUUCCACUCCAGUGUCCACUCUCAGGUACCCGUGAUGAAUGUAAGCAUGCCCCCCGCCGUGGUGCCCCUGCCCAGCAACCUGCCCCUGCCCACCGUCAAACCCGCCCACAUCAACCAUGGCGCUCACGUCCAAAGGGUUCAGCACUCGGCUUCCACGUCCCUGUCCCCCUCGCCGGUGACGUCCCCCGUUCACGUGAUGGCGCCCGGCAUCGGAAGGAUCGAGGCUUCUCCCCAAAGAUCACGUUCUUCUUCCACCUCGUCCGACCACGGAAACUUCCUGCUGCCUCCAGUAGGGCCGCAGUCGUCCUGUAGCGGUAUCAAAGUCCCUCCCAGGUCCCCGAGGUCAACCAUAGGGUCACCGAGGCCAUCCAUGCCAUCCAGCCCUUCCACCAAGCACGACGGACUCAGUCAAUACAAGGACAUCCCUAACCCGUUAAUUGCUGGAAUGAGUAAUGUGUUAAAUCCUCCCAACAAUGCAGUUUUUCCCGCUGCAUCGGCCGGAAGCGGUUCCUUGAAGAGUCAGCCUGGUUUGCUGGGAAUGCCUUUAAAUCAGAUCUUGAACCAGCACAACGCUGCCUCUUUUCCAGCGAGCAGUUUACUCUCAGCAGCAGCCAAAGCACAGCUAGCAAAUCAAAAUAAACUUGCUGGUAACAACAAUAACAGCAGUAGCAAUUCCGGACCUGUUGCCAGCGGCGGCAGCACCGAAGGACACAGCACUUUAAAUCCCAUGUUCCCUCCUGCUGCCAACGUGCUCCUCCCCACCACGGAAGGGCAGAGCGGCCGGGCGGCGCUGAGAGAUAAACUGAUGUCUCAGCAAAAGGAUCCUCUGAGGAAAAGGAAGCAGCCCACCGCCACGGUGCUGAGCUUGCUGAGACAGUCUCAGCUGGACAGCUCUGGGCUUCCCAAAGCUGGGUCUGAUUUGAUAAGAAAGCCAAGUCAAAGCUCCUUCCCCAUCAGCUCCAUGUCGCAGCUCCUGCAGUCCAUGAGUUGUCAGAGCUCCCACGGGAGCAGCAAUAGUUCCUCGGGCUGCGGGAGCUCCAGCAGCGCCCUGCCCUGCCCCGGCGCCCAGCUGCACCUGGCAGAGCCCGCGCUGGGCGCGCCCGGCGGCGUGGCCCCGGGGCUGCCCCUGCGUGGGGAGGGGCUGCCCUGCCCCAACCCCAACCCCGCCUUCGGCCCCGCCGCUGGCCCGCCCCCCUCCAACCACCUGGCCGGGCUCCUCAACCAGAUGCAGGCCAGCGGGGGCUGCGGGAUGCUCCCCCAGGCAGGAAUGGCCUUGGGGAACUCCCUACACGCCAGCCCGGCUCAGGCCAGGCUCCAGGCACCCUCCACGCCGGGCAUCCCCAACAGCAUCGGGAGCAGCUGCAACCAGACCAGCCCUGAAGCAGGGGGUUUGGGCCCGUCGUCAUCGAUAGCCAUCGCCGGCACCAGCCAAGCUGCCAUCACCAAGACCACGUCUGUGCUCCAGGACGGCGUCAUUGUCACCACUGCAGCUGGGACCCCUCUGCAGCAGGGCCAGCUGCCCAUGGGGGGCGAGUUCCCCUUCGCCGGCCACGACCACUCGCUCCACUUCCCGCAGAACAGCUCUUCAAACAACAAUCUGCCACAUCCUCUGAAUCAAAACCUCCUCAGUUCCCUGCCUCUCUCUCUGCCGGUGAAUCAGCAACAUCUCCUAAACCAGAACCUCCUGAACAUCCUCCAGCCUUCGGCAGGAGAAGGCAAGUCUGAGGUGAACCUCAACCCUUUGGGUUUCCUGAACCCCAACGUCAAUGCUGCUUUAGCGUUCCUCUCGGGCGACGUGGACGGGCAGGUUCUGCAGCCCGUGCACUUCCAGCUGCUGGCAGCCCUGCUCCAGAACCAGGCCCAGGCAGCCGCCAUGCUCCCCGUGCCAUCCUUCAACGUCACCAUCUCCGACCUGCUGCAGCAGCAGAACGCCCCCGCGCCCCCCGAGCCGCUGCCCGAGGGCGGCAGGGUGGAGAACCUGCUGCCCGCCGCCGUGCCCGGCUUCCCGGGCGCCGACCCCGCCGCCAACCCCCUGCUCCUGCCCGCCGCCCCCGGCGCCUCGGCGCUCAUGGCCCUGAACCCGCAGCUGGUGGGGGGCGUCCUGAGCUCGGGAAGCCACCCCGAGGUGGCCAUCGCCACCUCCUCGCAGGCCACCACCACCACCACCACCACGUCGUCGGCGGUGGCCGCGCUGUCGGUGUCGGCGCUGGCCGGGAGCACGGCCGUGGUGUCCAUGGCGGAGACGCUCCUCAACAUCUCCGGCGGCGCGCCGGGACCCGCCAAGCUCAACAACAGCUCCGUGGUGCCGCAGCUCCUGAACCCGCUGCUGGGCACGGGCCUGCUGGGGGAAAUGUCAUCUCUGAACACUACUCUGAACAACCAUCAGCUCAGCCACCUCCAGUCACUCCUCAGCAACAAUCAGAUGUUUCCUUCAAAUCAGCAGCAGCAGCAGCAGCAGCAGCAGCACCUUCUCCAGGGCUACCAGAACGUGCAGGGCUUUCAAGGCCAGCCCCAAAUUCCUGGCCCAGCCAACAACCCAAACCCCAUGGCGUGUCUGUUCCAGAAUUUCCAGGUGAGGAUGCAGGAAGACGCCGCCGUCCUCAACAAAAGAAUGAUCACCCAGAUGGGAAUGGCGCCGGUUCCCGAGAGCUCCAACACUCUCCUCCCUCCCUUCCAGGAGCCCCCCUGCGACCUGCAGCAGAGACCUGACCCAUCCCUGGGCCAGCAGGCCAAGGACAACCCCAACGCCGCCGCCGCGGGCGACGCCUCGGUGGACGCCAUCUACAAGGCGGUGGUGGACGCCGCCAGCAAGGGGGUGCCGGUGGUGAUCACCACGGCCGGCUCCAGCGCCGCGCAGCCGAGCCCCAUCCCCGCCCUGAGUGCCAUGAGUGCCUUCACAGCCUCCAUCGGGGACCCCCUGAACCUGUCCAGCGCCGUCAGCGCCGUCGCCCACGGCCGCGGCGCCGAGCACGAGGGGCGCGGGCGCGGCGGGCGCGGCGCGCGGGGCCCGAAGAGCGCGGAGCACGGCAAGAACCCCGGCGAGGGGGACGGCUACGAGUAUUACAAACCGACCGCUUGUAACACGCCCAAAAAGCAGUGGGAAGGGGAGCAGAGCCCCGGGGGGGAGAUCAACAGGUGGAAAUGCGAGGAGUUCCUGGAGCACUCCGCCCACGUCCACAGCAGCCCGUGCCACGAGCGGCCCAACAACGUCUCGGCGCUGCCGCUGCUGCAGGCGGAGCAGCACCAGGCCCUGCUGGCCCAGCGGAACUGUCAGAGCGAGAAAAUGCUGGAGGAGAAUUUCAGGUAUAACAAUUACAAAAGAACUAUGAUGAGUUUCAAGGAAAGACUGGAGAACACUGUGGAACGAUGUGCACACAUCAACGGGAACCGCCCGCAGCCCAACAGGGCCUUCGGGGAGUUGCUCAACACUUCCAAACAAGACCUGAUCCUGGAAGAGCAAUCUCCCAGUUCCUCCAAUAGCUUGGAGAGUUCCUUAGUGAAAGACUACAUCCAUUACAAUGGAGAUUUUAAUGCCAAAAGCAUUAACGGGUGCGUGCCCAGCCCCUCGGAUGCUAAGAGCAUCAGCAGCGAGGAGGACCUGCGGAACCCCGAGUCGCCCUCGUCCCACGAGCUCAUCCACUACAGGCCGAGGACGUUUAACGUGGGCGACUUGGUCUGGGGCCAGAUCAAAGGACUGACUUCCUGGCCUGGCAAGCUUGGCAGAGAAGAAGAGGUUCACAACUCAUGCCAACAGAACGCUGAGGAGGGGAAGGUGGAGCCGGAGAAGCUGAAGACACUAACGGAGGGGCUGGAGGCGUUCAGCCGCGCCAGGAAAAGGAACAGGAAAAGUGGAAAGCUAAAUAACCAUUUAGAAGCUGCUAUACACGAGGCCAUGAGUGAACUAGACAAAAUGUCUGGGAAUGUAAGUUCCUUUUCCUUGGGAAUAUUCUCCUUUUCCAUGUUUCUGCAUGUGUGUCCAUUGGAGGGAGGCUUGGUUUGGAUGGCUUUCUAACAAAUUCUGGGUUUAUUUUCUGGAAUAAUGAGGAAUUUUCAAUAUUUCCCCUGCAUUAAAAACUGUUGGCAAAAGUCUGAUGGUUCUGAAAAACGGGAAAAGUUGUAGGAUUUUGAGUACAAAACUCUUGAAAUUCAGUUUUCCCCAUAAGAAAUGAAAGAUAUUGUAAUGAAAGGUAAGUUUAAAAAUAUAUAUUUCUAAUAUCACAUCCAAGAGUGGUUUUUCCACAUUAAUUACACUGUUAUGGUGUAACUCCAGCAUCUUUCCAAUAACAAGUUUGGGUUAUAAAAUAUCCUCAUUUUUAUUUCUAAAACAUGGCUGUCAUUUCAUUGCAGCCCACCUAAAAAAUAAAAAACAAGUCUAUCACAGCACAUGUAACCUCCCACAUCUUCUAUUUGGUUAUUAAUUAUUCAAAUGAUUAAUUAUAAAAUGUUUGAACCCAGGGGAAAAAAAAGUUUUUUGCUGAUAUUCAGUGCUCAGGACUGAAGAUAUGCACUCUUGGAAUUUACAGUAACACUUUUGGAGCUUCUGGAGUAUAAAAAAGGAAAUUUAUUUCUAUUUAUUUAUAUAUUUGAAGAACUGGAGGCUUAGAGCUGAUUGCAGACCCAACAAGAAAUAUUUAAAAAGUUACUGAGUAGCUUUUAAGUAAGAACCCAAUCAAAUCUUUCGUUAAAACUGAAUUUAACAAACUGAGAUUUGAGCUUUGAUUUAAAAUAACGUUGCCGUGUUUCCCUCCUUUGGAAGGACCAGGAAAGCAGGAGGGGAUUGUUGGUCUGUAACAAAUAAAUUUGGGAUGGCUGUUUGGGCUGGCCCAUCCUGC